AUGUUUGACAGAGAGAGAUCAGAGACACCUGAAGUUAUUUAUAACAAUGUAGAUACUGUAGGACGUCUUGAUCUGAGGGUCACAGAAAAACAGCAGCCACUUCGACACACAGGAAGUGUCUCAGUGAAGAACAGAACACACAGAGCAGCUGAAGUGUGUUUGUGUCUGCUGUGUUUUCUUCUGCUGACUGCUGUAAUAGUGCUGUGUGUGUGUUUCACCUCCGAGAGAAAGCAGUUAUUAACUCACAUCAGUAACCUGACUGAGGAAAGAGAGCAUAUUCUCACCAAAUAUGAGCAGGUACUGAACCACAGCAAUAAUCUGACUGAAGAAAGAGUGCAGUUAAGGAAUGACAAGAACCGACUGCAUAGUUGGCUUUAUGAACAAGAUCAGCAAGGGGAACCCUACCAAUGGAUUUACUACAACUUCAGUUUUUAUUAUAUUUCAUCUGAGAAGAAGAGCUGGAGUGACAGCAGCAGAGACUGUCAACAGAGAGGAGCAGAUCUGGUGAUCAUAAACAAAGACGGGGAAGAGUUUUUGCAGAAGGUUGUUGAGAACAAUUAUUUUUGGAUUGGUCUGAUAAACACAGAGAGUGGGUGGGAAUGGAGUGAUGGCACCAUAACGCCAAAUGGGUAA